GCGCUACAGCUUAAAAAAAAAAAAAAAAAAGUCGAAGAAUUUAAUUUUUUUUAAUGAAGGAAAAAUAAAGAAGCACGAAAACUCUUUGACGCGACUAAACCACGUCUCGUUUCUCCGUCUCCAUGAUUUCUCGCAGGUUGGACUUCCCUCACCGAGAAAAUCUCCUCCGAUAAUUUUCCAGGUUAGGCACGCGCGCGAGAGAAAAUUUCCAAAAAUGUUUUCCCAAUGCCGAUCUUCUCUUGUUGCACCAAUGUGAAAUUCUGUUCCUCUCCAGGGCGUUGUUGAUAGAGAAUGAAGGAGUUGUGGCAUAGUCAAGUGUUUCCAUAAGUUUGCUUUGAACAUCGAUGCCUUUUGGUGAUUGAUGAUGCAUUCUCUCACUGAUCAAUCAGGCAGCUCUCAUGGAGGUUCAACUCCACGCAGUCCCUUCUCUCCUUUAUCUCCAAGGCAGAAAGCUCUCGCCGAUACCAAAUCUCCUCGUCCCCUCCCCAAUUCUUCCCCGUUAGACCCAUCGUCCCCUGGAUCAAUGCUCCAUGGAGGGCACAAGUUCCACGAGGCUUUCCAAAUGAAACAGGGGCGUUUUGAUCUCCAUGCUGCAAAGAUUUCUGAGAUGAUGAAAUCUAAUAAUUUAGAUAAUGCUCCCACGCAGUCACUUUUAAGUAUCGCCAAUGGGAUUCUUGAUGACAGUAUUGAGAGAAAGAAUGGUGAACUCCCUCAGCGUGUAGCAUGUCUGCUGAGAAAAGUCGUGCUGGAAAUCGAGCGACGUAUUUCAACUCAAUCUGAGCAUCUAAGAACGCAAAACAGUGUGUUUAAAGCUCGUGAGGAGAAGUAUCAGUCAAGGAUCAAAGUUCUCGAAACCUUAGCUUCAGGAACUAGUGAAGAAAAUGAGACAGAAAAGUCCAAGUUGGAAGAAAAGAAGAAAACCAAGGAAGAGGAUAUGUUUAGGAUAGAGAAAGAAAAUGGUCAAUACAAUCUUGAAAUUUCCACGUUAAGACGAGAACUGGAGACAACCAAGAAAGCAUAUGAACAACAAUGCUCGCAAAUGGAAAGCCAGACAGAGGUCGCAACAGAAGGUAUCGAGGACAGGGUAAAGGAGCUUGAACAGAUGAGAAAGGAUGCAAGCAUUGCAAAAAUUGCCCUUGAGGAUAGGGUUAAGGAGCUUGAAAAGAUUGCAAACGAUGCAAAUACUGCUAAAACGACUCUUGAGGGAAAAGUGAAGGAGCUUCAACAGUUCAGAAAAGAGACACUACGUGUUAAUACAAGCCUUGAAGCGAAAAAUCAAGAGCUUGUAAAGAUGGGAAAAGAAGCAAAUGAUGCUAAAACGGCUCUUGAGGAAAAGGUGAAGGAGCUUCAACAAUUUAAAAUAGAGACAAUAAUUGUUAAUACAAGCCUUGAAGCCAAAAGUCGAGAGCUUGAAAAGAUGGGAAAAGAAGCAAAUGAUGCUAAAACGGCUCUUGAGGAAAAGGUAAAGGAACUUCAACAAUUGAAAAUAGAAACAAUAACUGUUAGUACAAGCCUUGAAGCCAAAAAUAGAGAGCUUGAACAAAAUCUGAUCCACUGGAAGAGUAAAGCCAAAGAAAUGGAAGAAAAUUCAGACUUGAAGAAUCGGAGUUGGAGUCAGAAAGAGCUUUCGUAUAGAAAGUUUAUCAAUUUCCAGUUCAAGGCGCUACAAGAGUUGAGGUUCUAUUCUAAGUCCAUCAAACAAGAAAUACUAAAAGUUCAAGAUAACUUUACAGAAGAGUUUAGUCAAUUAGGAAAGAAAUUGCUUGAACUUGGAGAGGCUGCCGAAAACUAUCACGCUGUCCUAACUGAAAACCAAAAGCUCUUCAAUGAACUUCAGGAGCUCAAAGGAAACAUUAGAGUGUACUGUCGGGUGAGGCCUUUCUUGCGUGGGCAAGGUGAAUCAAACACUGUGGUAGAACACAUUGGUGACCAUGGGGAGUUGGUUGUUCUCAAUCCCACAAAACCUGGGAAAGAGGGUCUUCGCAAAUUUAGGUUCAAUAAGGUCUAUAGUCCAGCCUCUACUCAAGCUGAGGUGUUUUCAGAUAUAAGACCCCUUAUUCGAUCGGUUCUUGAUGGGUACAAUGUUUGUAUAUUUGCUUAUGGUCAGACAGGAUCAGGAAAAACUUACACAAUGACUGGUCCAGAUGGAGCAAGCGAAGAAGAGUGGGGAGUAAACUAUCGUGCUCUUAAUGACCUCUUCAAAAUCUCUCAAUCCCGAAAAAGCAACAUAACGUAUGGGGUCGGGGUGCAAAUGGUGGAGAUCUACAAUGAACAAGUUCGCGACUUACUCUCUGGGAUUCUUUCUACAGCUCAAGAGAACGGUCUUGCUGUACCUGAUGCAAGCAUGUAUCCCGUGACAUCCACCUCGGAUGUUCUUGAAUUUAUGAGCGUUGGGCUACAAAACAGAGCUGUUAGCUCAACUGCCUUGAAUGAAAGAAGUAGCCGGUCUCACAGUAUUGUCACUGUUCAUGUUCGUGGCAAGGACUUAAAGACCGGUUCUACGCUGUAUGGAAACCUACAUUUGGUGGAUCUGGCGGGUAGUGAGAGAAUUGAUCGCUCUGAAGUUACAGGAGAUAGGCUUAAAGAAGCACAACAUAUAAACAAGUCACUCUCAGCGCUAGGAGAUGUGAUAUUCUCUCUUGCUUCAAAGAGUUCUCAUGUGCCAUACAGAAACAGCAAACUAACUCAGCUUCUCCAAAGCUCUCUAGGUGGGAGAGCAAAGACCCUGAUGUUUGUGCAACUCAAUCCUGAUAUUAUUUCAUAUUCAGAGUCAAUGAGUACUUUGAAAUUCGCAGAGCGUGUCUCUGGAGUUGAGUUAGGUGCUGCAAAGAGUAGUAAAGAUGGUAGAGAUGUUAGAGAGUUAAUGGAACAGUUAGGGUCGCUUAAGGACACAAUAGCAAGAAAAGACGAUGAGAUAGAGCGGCUUCAUUUGCUUAAGGACAUUAAUUACCCAAAUAGACUGCAGAGAAAGGGCUUAGCACAAUCCGAUGAGCUUAAUUCAGAAACUAGACAUCCGCAGUUAUCUAUAGAAGUAGACUCAAGAUUCCAACAAGACUAUCUUAGACAAUCACAACACUCUGUCACAGACAAUGAAACCUUAGAUUCCCCCAUUGAUGAUGAGUACGAUGAGAGGCUCGAUGAUCACUCAGAAGGAUCCAUUGGUGUUUCUCGUGCAGCAGAAGGGAGAAAGCCAUUGAAGGUUUCAGACAAAACUAAGCCGGUGACUCCAAGGACUCCAAGGACUCCAACGACAACACGGCCACUUGAUAAACUCAAGCAAGUCGCUGCGAGGACGACAACCAUUGCGAAAGCCACGUCAGGUUUGACAUCACCAGGUAUGAAGAAAACGGGAAGUGCUUCUAAUUUGCUCAAGUCAUCGAAAGAUUCGAAACGGUGGUCGUGAAAAGACUCUUUUGUACCUACGGCUUUUUUUUUGUUUUAUAAUACUGUAAUUCAUAAUUCCCUCCCUCCCUCCGAGUCCGUUGGCUUCAGUUUGGACUUAAUUUUGUUAUUUCGUUUGGUUUCAGUUUGUACAAAAUUUUGUAAAUAUACGAAUCUCACUAGUCACUAUCCUCACGAAGCAUGAAUUUCUUAUUUUUACAAUAAUGUUAUAUUAUGAUAUUGAUGAUGGAAAUAA